CAUCUAUCGCUCUUCACUUUUCUCUUAGCAUUUGAUAAACAGGGAAAAUUCACUUAAUGUCUUAUAAUUUUAUGGGAAAACAUGCCUUCUGGAUGGUCACUUUUCAAUGUCUGGCUAAAAGCGUAAUUGUGAUCCAGCAAAUCUGCAGGAACUGUCCUACUGAGUGUGGUUACAAAAAAAGCUACGUUACCAUGUCAAUGCUUAGUAAUCAAAGAACACCCCACUUUGUAUCUCAAGUAUUCACAAUCCUCAAUACUGACAUUAUUCAUUGAAAAUGUCUUUAUUUCAGUGGGCAGUUUUCAUGGGAUUUGAACAUGAAAGGUGAGCUAGCUCAACUACAUUGGAUUGUAUGACUGUACAACAUGUGCAGUGCCUUAGUUUAUAGGUUACACUGCAGCAGAUUAAAAGAUGUCACCAUUUGCAUGCUGUUUGAAUAAAGUCUUUGUCACUUGACAGAUGUAAUCUUUCAUCGCCAGUAAUAUCCUCCUCAUCGUCAUUAUUGCUAUUGCCAUCUGUAUCUUAAUCAUCACUACCCUCCAUGUAUAAUUUUGUGUCAAGUAGACAUGCUGCACAUCUUGGAAAGUUUUUUAUUAUACACGUAAGUAACAAAGUAGCACCCAUUUUCACUUAAUAAUAAAACAAUAAUAACUCUUUUCUUAGGAAAUAACAGUGGAUACAUUAUUUUGUUUUACAGGAUCCAUUUUGAAACAUCCUCUGUUCUGAUUCGUCAGAUGCCACUGGAGCUUGUCAGGAAGCCUCUUGGCUGGAAAGAUGGACCAAUAACUGCAGGUAAAACUAUUUAUCGCAUUCCUACACUUAAGAUGGCAGUGUUUUGUUUUUAAUGCAUGCAUGUUAAUAAGCAAAGCCUGGGCCAAUUAUGAAAACAAAAACAGUUGUGGAGAGGCCAUGUCAAGAGUUCAACGCCCCCCCCCCGCCCCUUGGAUACGUUUGUUUCCCUUUUGAAUCUCCGAUGAUUUUAACUUCCAUACCAUUUCCCAGUCUACAAUAUGUUGAAGAUGAGAUUCAAGGUGUGUUUAAAGCAGUGUAGUUAAGAUUUGUUGAUUGAUACAGCCAGGGUUGUCACUAAGAUUUCAAGUUGCCGGGUAAAUACAACAAGUAGGCGGGGAAUCAAACGGCUAGGGAUUUCUUUUGGUUCUAUUUUUCUUUUAUUUUCCAAUAAAAGUAGCCGGGGGUCUCUCUCUUAGUAGCCGGGGAAAAUCCCCGGCCCCCGGCUCUUAAUGACAACCCUGUACAGCUAUAUUAUAUCUCAAUGUAUCACUUAACUUAUCGAGGCAAUUAUUUAUUAUCUACAUUAUUUCUGCAUUAUUGUUAUUAUCAUUAUCAUCAUCAUUAUUAAUUAUCAUUUCCAUUUAAUUAUCUAUACAAUGUGUAUAAAUUUGUCAGUCUUGUAGCCAGUACCUUCCUAAGCUGAUAAAUGAUAAACAUACUAUAAUCCUUCUAGUAGUUAUUUAUCCUUUUUAAAUUUGGUUCCCAACUUUUAUACCAUAUGAUUUUCAUUCUGUAAUAAUUGUCCUGAGGGUUUAAACUCUUAAGUUGUCAUCUCAUGUCGUCUUAUGUCCGUUACCAAGUGUACAUACACAAUCAUACUUGCACAGAGUAUAUUCACAUUCAACGAUUAUAUAAUUAUUGUUACAAUUAAGACAUGCAAGCAGCACUGAACCUAAAGUUAUAAAUGCAGUUACCAGUCACACAUAUUGAGAAGUUUAAAGUAACUGCUACCAUGAGCAGUAUUGUAUGUGAAAAAGACUAACAAUGGCAUAGGCGACCGAAUAGUGGUGUACUACCUGAGUUCUUGAAUGUGAAUUUGAGCAGCAGCUCAUCAAGAAAAAACUUCAAGAAAUUCUUGUCCUCAAUCGAUGCUGUAAAGGAACCAUUAUUGCCUUCCGUUGAGAACCUUGACAUGUUAGCACGUGUCUCCACUGUGAACAAGAAAAUUUUAGGAAUCUUGAUUAUGUAAAUUGACUCAAUUAAACUAGUGGUUAUUAAAUUCAAACCAUAAAAAAACUGUACGUGUACAUACCACUCAACAUGAAAUUUUUUAAAAGAGCAAUUUUGAGGAAUUUAUUAAACUGUACAUGUACUCUCACUGUACUUUCCUUAAUGUUGAUCGGCUUCCACUUUUCAAAUGAAAUCUGUCAAAUGUCAACGAUACUUCAAUUAAAGGACAUUCCUUGAGGUAAGGAAAUUUUGGAAAUUGUUUACAACUCUCAAGGUAAAUUUCAAGUUCCUGACUUCUGGGAAUUAUUUUCGAUACCAGCACGACUAAAAAUGCCAAGUACCAUGUAUUUCCUUUGGAAUUGUCUUUUCAAAAAAUGUAUUCUUGCCAGGUUAUUAGAAUGUUGCUGGAUUAUGGACCUUAAUUGGUGAAUGAGUGAAGAAAUGAAAGAAUUAGUGGGUGGGUGGGGGGGGGGAUAGGGGAUGGGUGUGAGCUAGUAUCAUGGAAAACUGUGCUAUAGAUCAUCACCACCUGAUCAUCAUGCGCUACCUGCAAAAAACCUUCAUGAUUAUUGCUGAUGUCAUCAUCAUCAUCAUUAUCAUCAUCACUGUCAUAAUCACUGCCGCGUUACCAUCGUCGUGUACUUAUGUAUGACUCUAGAAGUGCUGGGAAGGGCUUACCUAAUAUUGAAUGACCAUAAUUACUUUUAAAAAAGACCUGGCAAGAAUAGGCUUUCAUGAAAAGACAGAUAUAUACAUGAAUACAAUUUUUUAAGCAAGAACUGGUCUAAAACAAGUGCAGAAUUCUGCACCCUUCAGCCCUCUGUAUGUUAAUGUUGUCAAGGGUUUCCACCGAGUUCAUGAAUACACAAAGAACAUUUUUGUAAUUUGUAAAUGCCAAUAUCAGGAGAUCCAGUUUCAUCCAACCCACUGAUUGAAAUAGCCGAGCAGUCUGUGAGCCUGGGCAAGCCAGAAAACUUUCCGUCUUAUGGCUGGGACAACGAAUAUGGCCAGUGGAACGUCAAGUGAGUCUGGGUGUGACGUACAUCAUACGGUACUGCAUGUUCAAAAUCAGAUCAUAAUCCUAACAGUUCUUGUAGAACUGUACAAUUAGCUACCAAUUCAAGUAAAGUGGCAAAGUAGCCAUGAUAUUUGAGUCUUUCUUGGGAUUCCAACCCUGGUCGACCUUUUGCAGUCAGACAAAGUAAGCAAAGCAAAGUCUAAAUUACUGCAUGUCCAUGUAAAUGUCCCAGAAAGGGUGACUUUAAUCUCCGACACUUGUAAAGGAAAAUUACGUACAUGUACAGUGUACUGCUGUCAUGUAAAUAAUAAAUUUUGUGAUUGGUGCCAAAGCUUGGCUGAUACAAUCCUUGUGACAAAACUUGUGAUGUCAGCUUAACAACAAUAAUUUGUGAUGAUGUGGAGGAAACUGGUUUAAAUUUUGGAUCUGGUGGUCCAAAAUUAAAUCUUUUAACAAUGCGAUCACUUCGUCUUCCUCCACCAAAGUUUACCUGUACUGGGAGUAAUUAUUGCUGGGAGUAUGGCCUGUGAUGGAAUUGCCAUCCUGUCCAUAAUGAAGUACUUAAAAACUUUAUUGUACCUCCUUGCAAUUAUUAUUGGCCUGAUAAAAACAUCAACAGUGAAUAUUUAACUCUUCUUCUUAAUUGGCUCACACAUUUUAGAGGAUCUCCAAAUGGUUACGGCAAACACGCAUUGAAGUCUUUUUAAAGCUAACCUCUGUUCGUUAUGAAAGGUCAAAAAAGUUUUCUUGGUCUCAACUACCUUGGUAAUCAUUAAGUAAUUUCACUUGAAAAGUUAGAAAAAUAACUCUAAUUAACUCUAAUUAAUUGGAAGAAAUUGUUGCACCUCAUGCACAAAAUUUAAAAUGUUCAGUUGCUUUAGUUUUAACAUGUACGAAAAAAAAUCUGUGUGUGAAGUGUCUUUGUUUGUGAAAUGUUAGCUGUUAUUAUGUAAGUUUCAAUUUGUUAAGAAAAGAAUUAAUUGUUAUCAGUAAGAUUGCACAGUGGUAUAUGAGUAAUGUAUGCAACAUAAGAAUGUAUUAACUCAACAUAAUUACAAAUUCUCAAUUUUCAUACCUAAUUAAUAUGAAGUAUUUUAAUUCACAAUUGUUAUUUGAAAAUGUCCAGAAAUUUCGGCAAACACUGAACAUACACUCACCAAAAUAACUCUUAAUGAAUUUAUUGCCAAUUCAUUUACGUACUAUUGCACAGCCUGUUGUCAAAACAUACUUUAACAGUCCUAUUUAGGACCUAUAUACACUUGCCAAGACGAUCAUUUUCCACCUACUGAUAGUUUUAUUUAUGCUGAAAGUGUCCUUGAUAACUUGUACAAUUCUUUGAAAAUGAAGAAUAUUCAGAAAAAGCAAACUGAGACAAACACAAAUAAUUGCAAGUACAGAAAACCAAAGUAUGCAAACCUGUAACUAAGAAAUGAUUACGUGAGUGCACCACUCUGGAUCAUAAAAUAUACGCACAUUAACAUACUGAUCAUAAUACCAAAAAUAGUUAUAGUGCCUCAACACGCAUAUUCCUUGGGUAGUAAGCAAAAAAACAAUUUUGGAGGAAUCUAAUAGAGAUGAAAAUUGGUCCAAAAUUCCGUUUGCAUUUAGUGGAACUUUUCUUAUGCAGUGCAGCGUGAAUCAUUUACUGUAUGAAAAUGAAGUUCUCUUUUGAUAUUUUUUUUUGACAUGUAGCGAUUGCAUGAAGCCUUUAACAUUUUGUACAUGUAUGAGACAUAUUUCGUCUGGUUCUUUGCAGGGUUCCUUCAUUCAAGGCUUCAAAGUACUUGAUUACUAACCGCGAGUACUUGGAGUUUGUGAACAGCGGAGAGUAUGAAAAUUCCAAGUAUUGGACUAAAGAAGGUAAGAAUCACUUUCCGCAGCAGGAUUCACUCAGUCGGUAGAGGGAUUGGCUGCAGAGUGGGGGGUCGUGGGUUCGAUUCUUGGGUUGUCCCGUGUAAGGGAGUCGGGAUUCCGGAAUCUGGGAAAUUUUGCUUACGGAAUCCAGAAUCCGGGGGAAAAUGUGCUUGUGAAAUCUGGAAUCCUGGGCUUUGGAAUCCGGAAUACAGCUUAAGAAAUCCGGACUCCCACUAACAAUUGAAAUCCAGAGUCCAAGUUCCACUGACAAAGACCUAAAACCAGUAGCUGGAAUCCGGAAUCCACGGCGUGGAAUCCAGAAUCCAAGAGUGUCCUUGAUUCCCUUACACGGGGCGACCCGGAGCCAGACCAAUAUUCAGGGUCUUGAAAUGACUGAGAAAUGAAGUUGAGCGAGGUUCGACAUUAACGUUGUCUCGCGACAUACAUUGCCUCUAUUUUAUUUGGGAACGUAAGUUUUACGCAAAUUACGCGACAGUGGAAAUCCACCCUUAAGUGCUGGUCGAAAAUGUUUCGAAACACCCUCAUAACCACAAGAUCGUUUUGUGGGUCUGACAUUUUUAAAAUACUGAUAUAGACAAUUCAGUUGAGUUCAAUAUAAUUGUAGGAACUUAAACGCAGUUAAACUAAACCGUUGUCAACGAAAAUGUCACUAGCUUUACAUUCGAACCUGCUUCAAAACGGUCAGGGACUUCAUGAAAAGCAUACUCUUACGGUUCUGCCUCAGCGGACCUGUAAGCUAGUGGCUUAAAAUCUCCCCUCGGCUGUCUAUUUAAACAUACCUUUGCUUCUUCACUGUAUUGUAAGAUCAAGGAGAAGGACCGGGAUUUGAUCGAGAUUUUUAACGGCUUUCACCGUUCAUACCUUUGCGGGCACUAGGUACGAUCGGCCCCAAAUAUUUCCACCUAGAGGGGGGUAAACUGUUUUGGGUAAGGCUUCUGAUCGGGUCUGGAAGGGUAUCCCCGUGAACUGGGAUUUAACCAACAUACGGUACGGAAAGUCGAGAAACGUUACGGGAUUUGACUGCUACCCGGUACGCGGGAUUCGCUAACUUUGGGCACGGGAUGCGGGAUUGGGAAAGAUAUUCGGGAUAGCAAUGAUGAAAGUUCGGGACGCGAGAUUCUCGUGAAAAAGGAUCGCGAAUGCUGGACCAGGAGGCCCCUUUCGGACCCUAUUCUACUUCCCUUCUGCUUGCUGUAGUUUUAUUUCCCAUGCUAUCUCAUAUUCCUCGCGUCCGAGCCCGUGGUAGAAGGUCUCCAACUCACAUCUUUUUUGUCCUUCCAAGGUUGGCGGUGGAAACAGUUCCGUCAGAUUCACCAUCCAAGUUUUUGGGUCUGCAGCAAUCAAUGCAAGUCCGGUGGUGGCUCGGACUUGGCAACUUACUCCCAUUGCAACCUGGGAUUGACAGAUGUCAAUCAUAAUCCGUUGCUUGGAAACGGAGUUCUGAAUGGAAUUUCAAACGGUUCCAUAAACGGCGACCAUCAUGAUGGGUUUUCCAAUGGUGUCCUGAAUGGACAUGGAAAUGGAACCGUCAAUGGCGCCAUGAAUGGCACUUAUGUUCAGAAUGGCUCGCCUAAUGGCCAUGUCGAGAACGGUGACCACGAUGAGUUGGAAUGUCCCUACAAGUGAGUGUCAUUUUACUCAAAUCUGAAGGUUCAUAAUUAAAAAAAAUUCAAAAAGCUAUUUCUACUUGUUAAUCUAGCCGAUCUUUUGAAAACGAACCUCACGAAAUAUGCAGUUUGAGUGUAAUAGGCAGGUAUGUUGCGCACUAUAAACUUCAAGUCACCAACAAAGGAAAAGGAAAGGAGAAAAAGAAAGAGCGCAGAGGAAGAAAGGAGGAGAACAGAAAAAAAGCUAUGGUUGCAUUCUUAGUUUUUAUAAUGGCCACGUUGACAACAAAAAAACGGUUCGACGGCAGAGGUCAAUUUGGCGGUAACGUUUUCAAAAUCCAGCUAGAUAUAAAGAAUACUGAGAAAAAGGUUAAAUUUGAACAAUCACACGCUAGGAUCUGGUCUACAGAGGAAUUAAAGCUGACCUAAAUCCCUCCAUAGCUACUUUGAAAUUAAAAAAGUUGAUCAGAUCUUGCCCUUCUCCAUCCACACAGGUACCGUGCCAUGUUUGAAGUAAUAGACAUGCCUAUGGAUUGGCCUGCUGAAGUGAACUAUCACGAGGCCAAAGCUUACUGUACCUGGAAGGGUCCAGAAUUCCGUCUGCCGACAGAGGCCGAGCAUCACCUUAUACGGGGACCUCAGGUACAGGACAAAGCAAUUGAGUCUUCUACAACCAAUUUCUCCACAACACUCUUCAUAUAUGUAGUAUGAUACUCGUGAGGAGAAUUUUUACUCCUAUAAGUCCCUAUGAAACUUACGUUUGAUUUCACAGUAGUUUGUUAUGCUCAAACAAGUCGAUUGUCACUAUUACAUAGAAUAGAUGAUGUCGGUUCAAAUAACAAAUGGACACAAAUUUUCCUCAACAGGAAUCUCCUUUAGUUGGAACCUCGUGUGAUAUCAUCUACCAGGAUAAAAUAGAAGCCAACAUCAACAUGGCAUAUGGUUCUUCCACUGUGAGUUGUUCACCUUUCUUUCUUCUUCAAACAGUACUGCCGUCUCCGUUGUCAUCAUAAUCCCCAUCAUCAACUUCAUCAUCGUCAUCAUCAUCAUCAUCAUCAUCAUCGGACCUCAUCUUCAUUUUCAUCUUAUCCUCAUCGUACACACACAUAAUGGCCAUACGCAUGAAAAUUUGUGUGUGCUCGUUGCGUCCAUCAAAAGCAGUUUAAAUAUGUAACAUGUAUAUUUACUGACACAAAUAUUCACGAAAUUAGAACUAGACCUUGCACUGAAAUACAGGAAAAUUAAUCUUACAAUGGCCUUCGUUCCAGCUUCAGGAAUUACGAAGCGAAAGCCUAAAAUGGCGAGAAGUAUUUUAAAAUUGUACAAGACUUAUAAAAUAUUUAUCGUGAUGCUGAAAGUCCAAUCAUGAUUUUCUUCCUAAAUGGGAGGCGAGCAAUGUUAUUUUUGUUUGGAAUGUUUCAGCCCGUCAACAUGUACCCACCGACGCAGGCUGGCUUUUGUGACGUGUUUGGAAAUGUGUGGGAAUGGGUGGAAGAUCAUUUCAAUGGCUUUUGUGAGUUUAAAUCGCAUAUGCUGUAUGACGACUUUUCUUCGCCCUGUUUUGAUGGAAGGCACAACAUGAUCAUGGUACGUAGAGCCUCAGAUAUAUAAGGAUUGAGUUCUUAACCUUUGGAAGUACUUUCCGCUUGUUUUGUGUACUCGACAAAGCGUUACCUUCGAUAUUAUAAGUUCCUAGCUGUCAGCAAUGGAGAGGAGAAGUCGUUACGUCACGUUGUCAUGGAAGCAAAAUUUCUGGAUCUCAACAAACCGUGGUCCUGCAAAUAUCAGUGGCGGAUCCCCCCACCCCCCCUUCUAUUUUUAGACCAAACUGAGGCUCGCAGACCCCAGUCCUACUGAGCCUCAAAAUGUCUUUUUACAUAACAAAGUAGGUGCAUUUUACGCCAGCCAAAGAAAAAAUGCUUUUCGCUCACAAGCUUACAGAACCAUCUUAAGGCCUUUCUCAAAUGACGCUAUUUGUCACGUGACUUGAGAUAAUUCACGUGACAAAUUUUUCCGUACAGGACUGAAAGCUGGUGCCUCAGAGCUCUCGGGCCUUUCUUGUUAGCAUAAUUUAAUGGCCGAUUGAUUUUCAUUUCUAGGGUGGCAGCUGGGUAUCUACCGGAGACGAAGCUUCACGAUUCGCCCGUUUUGCGUUUCGCCGCCAUUUCUUUCAGCAUCUUGGUUUCCGAUUGGCUCAGUCAGUUUCUAACAGUCCUCCGGUGCGUCUGGUAGGAACCCCUGUUUUUGUGCUGGGGGUUGGGGUGGAAGGUAAGCGGAAGGGUAGCACUAGGAGAGGGGUAAGUGGGUACUCUUAAACUAUAGAGCGCCCUUGAUAGGACUAAACCCGAUAUAUACAGUUAAAUAAAAACCUUUGAAUGCAGAGAUCCACUCAACGCCUAAGUAAAACCGACUGGUUCCUUCUUGCCGGAUCCAACGUAUAGAUGCUAGAGCCAGCCGUCACUUGAAGUGGAAAUUUCCUCCACCUCCACCCCUCACAGCUUUGCCGUUCGUUCGCGCGUUUUCUCGCGGCCCGUUUCGCUCGCAUAAAAUGGAGAGCUUGCUCGCAGGCUAGAAACUUGACAGUGGCUCUCUAAGUGACCCCAACGAAGUGGACACUUUCAGAUAUCGACUUUUGAUUUGGACGUGUUGGGUUUUCUCGGAGGCAGAAACCGUAGCACCCGGAGAAAAACCUCUUGGAGCGGCGAGAACUAACAACAAACCAAACCGAUAUAUGGUGUCAACGCAAGGCCUCUGCCCCAGUCCACAGUGAUAGGUGGCGAGUGCUCUUUCCUCUGCGCCAUCCCUUCUCUCCCCCUCAAAAAAAAGCAGUUGUAAUAUUUAUUUAUUUAUUUAUUAUUAUUUUUUUACAGAGAACCCUAUCAGUUUGCCUGGCAUCGGCGACAGCGAGAUAUACGUCAACACUGUAAACACGCAGUACCAUGAUGAUGCCGAGGAUUUUCUGUACUCUGAAGUGUUGUCUAACUAUGGAGACCUUCUGGUGAGUUUCAGUAGCCUUGCAGCUCUUCAAAACAUCUAGUUUAUUUGGGUCCCUAUAUGUCGUCGCUCGUUUGAUUUCGGGCUAGGUUACAUUGUAAACUUUGUCUGUUCAUGGUUUUCCUAACCAAUCCCGUGAGGUCUUCCGACGGCUGCAACGUCGCCUGUGGGUUUGAACUCUUCCUUUUUUCCCUCAAAAUAGCCCUCUACUUGUGACCAGGAAUAAUAUGUGCCAGACUCUCAGAUAGUAGGGACGCUAUGCAAACAUGUCAGGCGAAAAUAGGACGCGCGGGAUCUGGGGAAGGGGGCAGUUGCGCCUCCUCUCUCUCCAGUCCCCGAGUGUUUUUCGCAUCAGUUUUAACGAUCUUUGUACAUUACUUCCUUGGAGCCUGGAACAGGCUAGAUCAGUGAAGGAGUAGAGAAAUGAAAUUAAGGAGAGGCCAUGAUCGCAGGCUAAGUUGCCCUUGCAUUUCGCCAUUUCGGGCCCUUAACCUCGUUAUAAAGGCACAUAAGGUCACCCUGACACUUAAUUCUGUAACGGUAGAUCAAAGUGGUUUGGUUUCAAUACCAUCGUGCUAGUCACGCCAGUAAAGAUUAGUCCGUCACGUUAGUCUGCAUUGUCAUGUGUCACUCGGUAUAGUUCUGUCCGGCUGGCUAACGCUACAAUUGAUUAUGUAAUGCUAUUCACGCCAAUUAAUUAAUUAACCCGUCUCUUUAGGCUGCACGGUCAUAUGUUAUACCUGUUAGUGCUGUCAAACAGUGUGUCUUGUCACGUUAUAUCGCGCUAACUUUGUUAAUUGUGUGACCUUAGGUGACACUAUGUUGAUUACAUGUAAUGAAAGGCAGAGCAGUGCGUAAUACUUUGUAACGUUAAGUCACUAUUUUAGCUUUUCUGGACUCUUCAACACUUUGUUGCACUUCCUUUACCAUUUGAAUUUCGCCGUCGUGAUUUGUUGCUUAUAAAUCUCCUGGAUUACGUGCAGUGACCGGAAGUUGAUCUCAUUGUUUUUGCAUAUCGUUAACAGGGUGUUGAAAGUGACGCCGAUUGCUGUGAGCAGCUUGCAGAGAUUUGCAAAGAAGCCAUUCACAAACACAAUGGCUGCCCCGUGAAGAAGGCCCUCGACAUUAUGUGCUCUGUGGGUCGAUUCUCCUACGAGCUGAGCAAGAGCUUGAGCGAGGUAACCACAAAGUCAUUGCUCGUUUAAUUCACUUCUUUUCGGGCAAUGACGUGGAUUCAGUUCAAUCCUACCAAAAAGUGAGGUGUUUUACUUGACAAGAGAGUCUUCGAUUCUGGAUUCUAAGCCUUGAAUUCCGGAUUCUAGGUACUGGAUUCUUGAUCGGUGAAACUUGGAUUCUGGAUUCCAAUCGUUAGUGGAAUUCAGGAUUCCUUGAGCUGUAUUCCGGAUUCUACAACCAAAGUUUUUCCGAAUUCCAGAAUGCGGAUUCCCUUACAUGGUGCGAUACUUGUCUUAGCAGAGCAAGCGAUAGCGGUGAAGUAGAGGGCUUUGUUACAUGCUCAACGGCGCAACUUGCUUGCAAUUGCGUCCGGAAAGCAAAUUUUGUACAUUCUGAAACUUUUUCCUUCAACUCUCGUUGUUAGUUGGGAUUUAAAGUUAGCACGGGUUGCGGGAUGCCUAAAAUAAGCAUUGGUAUUACGGGAUUGAAGAAGACAAUUGGGGUCCGGGAUGAAGGGAUUGAAGACCCUAUUGCGUCCCUCUUCUAUCUUUGUGACAGGUGAUCGCUAUCGACCACAGUGGACGUUUGCUGGACGCUGCUAUGAAGAUUCAGCAAGGAAAAUCGCUAGAGAUCAAGGGCGCUAGAGAUUUAUCUUUCGUGAAUAUUUCGCUUGACGAGAUCAAGGCUAAUGUUGAUCGAGUGCUGUUUCAGCAGGUUUGUCUAAUGGUGAUUUUUAAAUAGUCUCUUACUCAGCCGAUUUUGUGUCGUCACGCAACACACUCGAGGAGCGUUGCGUGACGACACAAUGAACGGGGACUAAUUUUUGAACCUUAUUGUGAAAACGAAUUGUUUGACAUUGCCACAAAACGUGAUGUUUAAAGUUUAACAGCUGGAUGUUCACACUGCUAUUUGGAAUUCUAAGGAGGAUUGUUCAAGAAAUGUGUCAAUGUAGCCUUCGCUUCAUAGUGAAGCAUUUAAUCCAUGGCAGACCUGAAGAAAUAGAAUGACAAAAUGCACGAAAUGUUUGCCAAACAAAUUUCUGGUUUGUCUGGCAAAUAUUUUGACCUGCCAGGAAUCAGUGCCCUUUAUAAAAGAAAAAAUAUAUACAUUGUAACCCUUACUUUUCGCCAGACCUCCCCUCGUCUCGCGCUUCGCGCGAAAUGCCGCGUACACCUCGCUCUGCUCAUAAAGCUCUCGUUAUGCAGGCCAUCAGAACCUUGCAAAGAAUCGCCUAGCGUGUUCCGGAAGUAGAGGCUGUUAUUGUUGAAGUAUUUUUUUAUUUCCGUUUUGUUAUUUUCUUUUGCAGUUUACCUGGCUGCCAAAUGAGAUUGGUGUUUAUGAUUUGAUCGUUAUGUUAAGUCUUCAACGUCUGUCGAAUCCCAAAGGUAAGAAGUUUUGGGUCAUUAUACGUUUCUGGGAGACUGCUCACCUACCCCUCCCCCAAGCCAACAUGAACAAUAAAGGCAAAAUGUUGGCUAAGGGGAGGGGGUGGAGGGGGGGGACACAGUUUAGUUUCCCGAAAUGCUGGAAACAUUCUUUGAAAAGAUUCUCGGGAACCAAAGGUUCCUUUUUUUUCUUUCCGAGGUUAACUUUUUUUUCGUUGUUGAUGAUAUUGUUGUCUUUGUUCCUUGACUUAAAAAGUCGAUUCAGAAGAACAUCUUGUUCUUCGUGAAUUAAAUUACUUUUUGUAUUGUCUUGUUUUCGCUUUAAAGGAACUAUUUUUCACCACAAAGAGACUUAUGAUAUCUCCAUUUACAGGUGUACUUAUCAAUAUUUUACUUGCGUUUUCUGUCUUUUUAGCGUGGUUGGUGCGCCUGUGGGAAAUAAUGAACUCUGGAGGGAUACUUAUAAUCAAGACAAAUGUAUCUUGGGACCUGGAAUCUCUGAAAGCUGUGUUGGGAACUAGGUAAGUGUGAUGAAAUCUGGCGACUUCUGUCUUCUCUUUUCUUCUCUUCUCGUCUGGUUUCGUCCCGUCCCGUCCCGUCCCGUCCCGUCUCGUCUCUUCCCUUCUGUUCUCUUUACCUUAAUUUGGCGCGCGAGACUGGGUCAGCACUGUGCCAAAUUGCACCAUGGGACUGUUUUGGAGACGUAAUCGCUUCGUUGUUUGGCUAUUACGAGGUUGCGCCGAAAACUGGGUCAAAAGGCGUCCCCCAAAACAGUCCAAUAAUACAGUUCGAAUCAACCUCGGCCCAGUUGCACGAGCCAAUAGGUUAUUUGCACGAUGACGUCAUUUUACUACUACGACCAGAAUCCGUCAGGGUUUUUCUCUCUUGUGUAAAUUAAGGCUUUUAUUAUUUAAACCUCGCUUGGAUUACCAAAUUUUAAUAUGAAAGAAAAGCGAAAAGGAUUCUGGUCUUAGUAGUAAAGUGACGGUAUCAUGCAAAUGGCCUAUUAACGCUAGCGACUGUUCACAACUUUGCGUGCGUUUAUGAACACUAUAUUUUGCGUCGCUUUUUCAACGUACAAAGCUGUCUUGAAAUUGAAGAAAAACCUCAGAAUAAUGUGUUUAGUUAAAAUUAGGAAGAUGCCUUAGAGUGUAUGUUAAACUAUAACGAAAUAAGAAUGGUUUAGUAUGGGAGUGAUGAACGUGGAUUACAAACGGCAAUUUCCAAAGGUGGCCGAAACUGUGGCUGAAUUUCCUACCCUUUGUCACUUCCAACUUUUUUAGAGAGAUCAAUCCGAAGUCGCAACUUAAGAUCUCGCUUUUAAGUGAGUAUUCGCACGCGUGCAGGACGCUGACCUAAAGUCUUUUGAAACUUUUUUUUAAGCCGUUGUUUAUUCUAUGUCCUAUCAAAUGUCUCAUUUCAUCCUUGUCCUCCUUUUUUUAAGGUUCGAACUCUUGGAAACCCGUUUGGUCUCCAGCAAAAGAGAGGGACUGCGCAAGUCUGAUAUGUGUCACUCAAGUGUCACUAUCUGGCGUUUAAUGCAUUAAAUCAGCUUCCAGGUUGAACCAUUGUGAGGGAUAAAUGCUCUAAAAGGGUCAAAUGAUUUCUUUCUUUAGCAAUAUUACAAAAAAAGGCGUAAACUGAACUCCGAAAACGAAAACCUGCAGCUUUGACCCAAACUCAUGCUCUAUUCCCUUCGAAAAUGGUAGGGGCAAGAAAAAGCCCUCGGCACUAGAUUGAACAUGACCAGGAUGUAGCUUUGGCUGUGCGCAUUCUCUGUAGCAACCUACAACACAAUUAGCAAAUGCGUAGUUGAAACAUUACUGUUAAAGUGGGGCUUUGGCUUUCGUUAGUAUACUCCAAGAGUGUCAACUUAUAGCUUUGCUCUAUAGUACUCGAAGCAAAGGGAACAACACAUUUUUAAGAUCCAUCGACAAAAACUGAAUCUCAUCACCCGACAAUUUUCAUGACCCGACAUCAUUUUCUCCAUGGUUCACCAUACCUGCCCUUGUGUCGCUAAUAUUUAGCAUUUUUCUAUCGUUAAUUUUUUUUAAGCCGAUAUAAACCUCUAGGGACAAGUAAUUGCACCGCUAUUAUAGACAGCAUCCUAGUGCUUUUAGCCUAAAACUAGAUUUGUAAGUCGUAUAACCUAGAGACGACGUAAAUAUAAUCGAUAUAAUAUAAAAAAGUAAUCAAUUUAGAUACAAUACGUAGGGUAGUUAGUUCAAUGCUGUCUAUUAUCAUGUAGUCGCUAAAAGUGCUCAUGUAAUCACCUAAAAUUAGGAUCGUACAGUUU